CUCUGUUGGAUUCACUGAAAGAACAGAGAAAAGAAGAUGGGGCAAUAACUUCCAUUGGUCAGAUUAUACAGAAGUGGUGUCCUGGCUUAGAAGCAUAUGUGUCUUAUUGUUCAAACCAGAUCUAUGCAAAAGCUCUCCUGGAGGAGAAGAAGGCCCACGAUUGGAGAUUUGAUGACUUUUUACAAAGAUGUUUAGAAUCACCGUUCAGCAGGAAACUUGAUCUUUGGAAUUUCCUUGAUGUCCCUAGGAACCGCCUGGUGAAAUACCCAUUGUUACUAAAAGCUAUACUUAAGCAUACACCCCAAGGUCAUGAAGACAGAGACUGCUUACCAGACGUCAUAAAACAAGUUAACAACAUUAUCCAGUUGGUUGACAGGAAAACAGGAGAAGCCAAUUGUGAAUUUAUUGUUAGUAAGCUGGAUUUUUUGGAGGAGAGGCAGAGAGAUCCAUUCAUCCAGAAAGCCAAAAGUCUAUUGUGUUCUGGAAUUUUGAAGAAUAACAGGGGAACAAAACUUCACGUAUUCCUUUUUGACACCGGUGUCUUGCUGACUCGUCCUGCCACAAGAUGGACCAGCAACAGCAGUAUAGCAAAUUCUAAAAUAAAUGCCACAAGAUACCAAGUAUAUCGUGAACCAAUUCCCAUUCAUCAGUUGGAAGUGGAAAACAUCAAAGAUGGAGAAGUUAGAAUGGGGGGUUCCUUCAGAUCUGCUUUUUCUUCUACUGAUGGAGCCAAACAUGUGUUUAAGUUGUCAUUUGUAGAUAAGAACUUGGGACAGUCACACACAUUACAAGCGAGUGAUGAACAUGAUAAGAAACAAUGGCUUCAGAACCUUAAUAAGCUGAGUAAUGGACAUUGGUCAGCAUCCACUAGUGGUAUGAAAGUAAGAGUAUAGAAGAAAUUAAGAAAAAUGUUACGAAAAUAUAAUAUCAAAAAGCUAUUAGUAUGUACAUAAUUAAAAGAAAACAUACAAACUGGUAAGUAAUAAAGCCAGUAAUGUAGUGGUAAUUCCCAAAACUUGGUGAAGAGAAACGUUAUAAACCAGAAAUGAUUAGAUAUUAACAAGAUUCACAUGAACUGAAAUAUGAUGAGGUAACAUCACAAAAAGCUUGUCAUUUCUUUGUUCAUUUGACCGUACCUAUAUAAUGAGGGAAUAAGUGAUUUGUUUAAUGACAUUAAAUGAUGUUUCUUGUUUAUAAAUUAGUCGAUCCUUAUAUAAGCACAAUAGGAACUAUUUCAGCAAUAAAAUGUUUUCAAUGAGCCAAGAAGUUUAUUUAAUUGUCGUUCAUCUUCUCAGUAUUGCAAGUUUUUUCUAAAAAAAAAAAUAAUCAAAUUGUAAGUUAAAAAUCAGUUUUUUUUGUUCUUUAUAUUAAACAUAAAUACUCGUAUAUCAAAGUUAAUAUUGGGUUUUUUUGAGAUAUGUAACAGAUCAAAUAUAAGCAAUAAAUUUUUUUUGUGUUUGUAUGUAUUUCUUAAUAGGACAAUAAAAUAAUCAUGUUUCUUUAAAUUUCCUAAUCAUUUUACAAAACUUUUCCUCUGGCUCAAAAUUUGGUUUUGUAGUAAUUGAAAUUACCUUAGACAGAAAAUAAUUAAGUCAUAGAAGUAGAAUUAUCAGAUGGCUCACUUCAUAAAGAAUUAUUAAAGAUGUAUAAUGUUUAAAAUUUGUAAGAAGUUUUUUAAAACAAAAUUCUAUCAUGAUUUAAUGAUUUACACACACAAGGGUUUUCCAAUAAACAGAUACACGUCUGUGGGACUCGUAUCUGAAAUGUGGAUAAUUUUGAGGGUGAUUCUUUUUGGUACUUUUUUGCAUCUUCAGUCUUUUAAUUCUUAUAUUAUUGUCCAACUGCCAUAAUAAAAAAAACGGCCUAUUUUGUUAUAUCAUAAAAUGUAGUUAUUGCUAAAAGAAAUACUCUAGAAAAAAAUUUUUUGCAGAAUUUUGAAAGAAAAAAAAUCUGGUACAAUUAAUUUCAUAAAAAAUGAACAAGUUGAAGUUAAUACUUGUAACACAAGUAAUUUCUUACAAAAAGAAAAUUUACAGUUAGGAUUCAUUAAAACUUGAGCUGAGAUAUUGUUAUCACAAGGAACAAUAUUAAAAAUCUGAGUUCCAACCUAACUAAAUAUAUUUUUCUGCCUUUUUAUUUAACACUGUUGCUUGUAUUCAGUAUUUGUUUCUCUGUAAAAAUUUUUUCCUCACAUUGUAUAUGAGCCAUAAACCAAGGAAUAUUACCAAGUUCAUGAAUUUAUUUAUUUGAAUUUUUUAUUUCUGUUAAUAGUGUGUUAGUUACAAAAGUGGAACAGUGUUAGUGCUGAAAUCCUCCAGACAAUGUGCAUGGCAUAUCAAAUAACAGCUGUUGAUUUCAUGCAUGCAAUGUGUAGUUUAGUGAUUUUUGUUUUUGAUCUUGCUUGAUUAUAAUAAUAUGCUUUUUUUUUAAGGAAAUGUUUUAUAUUUGUCCAGUUUUACCUAAAGUCAUUUUAAAAUGUAUUCCUUUCUACCACUAACUUCAUUGAUAUGUAUAAAUAGAUAGCAGACUUUAAAAUUAUAUUUUAAUAACAGUGACAGCUAAUAAAUUUCUAGAAAGUUUGUUAUUAUUGAUAGGAUGUUUUAGAUAAGUAAUAAAAAACAAACACAUUUGUUAAUGUUUUUUUUUCUUGAAUCUGUGUGCAAAUAUUUAA